AUGCACGAUCCUCUGGAGCCUUUGGAGCCUCCUUCCUCAGUCAAUGAGACCGAUCAGUUUAGCAUCGAGGUCAUUGACAUUUUUGGUAGCUCACCCAUUCGACUGACCAUUGCCAUCACCAUUCGCAUGCUGGAUGUGUACAGGCAAAGCCACCGAGUAACCCCGCGCUUCAGUAUUCAUGCGGAAGCGAAGAUGCUCUGUUUUCUCCAUGGUGUAUACUAUCGCAGACACCUUGCCGAGCAGCUUCGCAUCAGUUAUGAUGUAUAUCUUGAACUCCAUCGGCGCAUAGACCACCGCCUGGACAAGGUUCUAGGCCACGAUUCGGAUAACUGGCGGAUGCUAAACUCAUGUCCUGCAUGCCAGUACAAGCUGACGGAUGAACCCCCUCUAGAAUUUUCUAUCCUGUGUGCUUGUGACAGCAAUAAUUCGGCCAAAUUGGUCGAUCCUGCCAUAUGUGGUAGAACCUCGUCGAUAUGGCUAAGUGAAUCAUACGUUGAUGCAUUCAAAGAUGAAGUCCGUUCAGCUCGUGCACACCAAGCAAGGGAACAGCGCCCUACACGAGACCCUGACAAUCCAUGGGUUGAUGAGCCUGAUUCUGUUGAUUCUGCAGAGCCGCAUACUGUGUGUGUGGACCGUUGGCGCAAUGCCGCACCUGAAUCUCAGAAGAAAAUGUUUGCAAUAUUCAAAAAAUCAGGCAUUUUCAUUACCGUGUGCCAACAUGGCUUCCUACUCACCAUCUGUGACAUGGUGCGAAGCAGCGAGCUAAUGAAAUACCCCAUCGCUUCGGUUAAGAAGCUGAUGGACGUUUUCGGGAGCAAUAUUUUGUAUGGGUAUGACGUAAAAUGUGCCUUUGAGAAGAUCCUGCUGUGCAGCACACUUGGAGACAGUGCCAAGAGGCUCAACGUGCAAGGUGUUGUCCCCACUUUUCAUGGACAUGCCCAUAAUCGUCUCUGUCAGCUUCAGCACCACUCCAAGCACAAACUUGUCUUCUCUGAGUCCAAUGCAUUGGCUUCCGAAAUACGUAACGCCACUGAGUUCCACCGACACCAAGCACUCGACAAACACUUCUGUUUUGCUGAUACGGACAGGUACGCUGCAUUAUCUGACUUCAUAUUCAAUAAUUAUGUCCAAGCCUUAACAUCGAUAUCUACGACUACCAUUUUUCUUGGCAAUUUUCAUGCUUCAAAUGCAACUCUCGAUCCUGACUUUGACGGCGACCUCGAAGACGAACGUCUUUUCUUACAGCGUCUUGCAAGGAAGAAGGAUGAAUCCAGUGUUGAAAUAGACUACGUAAAAGCAUUAAACGAGUAUGAAGAGGAUGCUGGCAAUGUACGGCGGCGUCAUACUCAUGCUGCGACCAAACGUGAUCAGAAGGUUGACGUUGUCGUUGAUUACGAGCGGCAGAUGGCCCUGGACGCACGAUGGGGUCCGGAUCAUCCUGAGCGUGUGAAAGCCCAGUCGCGCAUCACCAACCAUCUUUAUCACAAGGCUGUCGACGAUGUCGAACGGCUUGUUCUCCAGAUGAGCGGAUACAAACUUUGUACUCAGAUAUCAACUGCUCUCAAGAGUCGAGCCACUGCGAUCCGAAAUGCGCUAACUCGAUAUAACAAGUAUGCAAGCCAGCUGAAUCCUCCUCGCCCCCCAUUACAGUGGGAACAAAUAGUCGACUACUCAUUCUUAGCUGAAUUUGACCUGCUCCGCGAAACAGGUACUGAGAUCCAAAUGAAACGCUGGGCCAAUCCCUCUUACCGACAUGCUUCCACACAACACCUUGCACACCAGCGAGCUAAGGAAGAGAUCCGCAGGCUGAAUGUUGAGGUUGGGCGUUUAUGCACAAAGAUUCGGGAUGACACAUUGGAUUAUCCACGAGCCAUUGCGCAGCUUGAGCUCGACAAUCCACUGCUUGCAGCCCAUUUACAGCGUCGGUGGCAAUGGCUGCGGUCAGCUAACGGACGACACCUUUGGCGUAUUGAGCAGAUUCUACGGCUCCCCAGAUACAGCAGUCCCAUGUCUCCUGGCACUUGUGAAGGUCGGCAGUGCGAGGUUACAUCUGCACUUGAAGAUGAAGCAGACGAAGGUGAGGGAGAUGAAGAUGCAUUAAGCCGGCAGCUGCAGGAUGUUCAUACUUAUAUUGAAGGACUCGAUCAUCAUCGCGUUGACUUGGAAUUUGCAGAGUAG